UCAAAUCUUCCCGCUUUCCUUCUGUGGACAGGAGCAAGAAUAUGGAGAGUGAUGUGGGCCCCUGACACCCCACAAAGGAAGCAGCGGAGGCAGGCUCCAGACGGCAGAUGAAGAAGGCCUGGGAUACACAGGAACUGCCGUUCCAGACACCCACCCAUAGGUGGAGUGGUUCCCUAAGUGGACAGCGUGGGUGCAGAGCUGCCACACAGGACUCGGAGAGACACACCUUAGCUGAACUCUGGGCUGCACAGCUGGAGGCUCAAACGGAGCUGAAGCCAAGGAUUUCAAUGUGGUCACAGCCCCUUAAGAGAGGAUUUGCUGGUCCUGGGGCCACAGCGUUGUGAGGCAAGGUGACACAGUGGGUUCGCACAGAGUCAAAUGAAGGGCAUGCCUUGGUGGACCAGACUCAUUUAACCCCAGUUCUCCAGAGGAGCCGUACAAGAGAGCCCCAGCUCAGGGCUGUCGGACGUGCAAACUGCAGCAAAACUUCUCUGGCACCAAGCUGGUUGGUUCACCUCCAACCCAACGGAUAUAGCCAGAGUGGAGGAUCCCGCGGUUCAAAAGUUCAGUGGGAGUUGGGCGCGUCCUCCUCGCAGGAGAGGAGAGUGGGAAGGGCAAGGUGGGAGUGGCGUGAACAGGGGGGUAGGGGGGUGGACAUAUGUGAAAUCUGAUCUGGUGCCAAGGAAAGGGUGUGCUGCCAAAGACCCCAGGGCAACGACCGUUCAGCCUCCACCAGGCAUGUGUGACGCCUGAGCUGGUAGAGACUGCACACAACACAACCCACUCAUGGAGAACUCUGUGGCGUCUUUCGUCCUCUACCCGGGGACUGAGCCCGGGACUCCGAAAGAGGACAGCCUGCCGCUGCCAGCCGAGGAGGAGGGCGCUGCGUCCCCGGCGCAGACACCCUGCAGUCUCAGCACCUCGCUGUGUUUCAGCUCCGGGGACGACUCCCCACCGCAGUCUCGCGCCUCUGCCGCUGAGGGCGCCGAGGCCUCUCCUCCUCCUCCUCAUCGCAGCGACUUGCGCGUGGUGGAGACGCAGUGGGAAGUCAGCAGCGCCGCGUCCCCGGAGUCCCCGGAAGGGUGCGCGCGCCCGGAAGAGCCCGCGUCGCCGGAGGAGCCCCCUUCCCGGCACGAGGACGCGCGUCCUGCGGAGUCUCUAGACGAGCUCGGGGAGCCCGUGCCGGUGCCGCCCGGGGUCGGGCCCGCGCACGGAGAACCCGACCUGGUCAUCGAGGUGGCGGGUCGCCGGCUGCGGGCUCAUAAGGCGGUGCUGGCGGCGCGCAGCGACUACUUCCGCGCGCGCGCGUCACGGGACGUGCUGCGGGUGCAAGGCGUGAGCUUCACGGCCCUGCGGCUGCUGCUGGCUGACGCGUACAGCGGGUGCAUGGCGGGCGUGCGGCCCGACAACGUGGCCGAGGUGGUGGCCGGCGCGCGCCGCCUCCAGCUGCCCGGCGCUGCGCAGCGCGCCACCGAUGCCAUGGCGCCGCAACUGAGCCUGGACAAUUGCUACGAGGUGCUGAGCGCAGGCAAGCGGCAGCGGCUGAGCGAGCUGCGCGACGCCGCCUACCGCUUCAUGAGCGACCACUACCUGGAGGUGCUGCGCGAGCCCGCCGUCUUCGGCCGCCUGUCUGGUGCCGAGCGCGAUCUGCUGCUGCGGCGCCGCCUGGGUUCGGGCCGCGCCAGCCUGCUGGCCGCCGCGCUCGGACCAACCGGGGAGCGCGCGGGCAGCCGUCCGCAGAGCCCGUCUGGGGACGCGGAGUCGCGCGGGGACGCGGCCGUUUAUUGCUACCAGGCGGAGGCCGGGGAGUGGCGCGAGCUGACGCGGCUGCCCGAGGGCGCACCAGCGCGCGGUUGCGGCCUCUGCGUGCUCUUCAACUACCUCUUCGUGGCGGGCGGUGUGGCUCCCGCGGGUCCCGAUGGCCGCGCGCGCCCGUCGGACCAAGUGUUUUGCUACAACCCGGCCACCGACUGCUGGAGUACGGUGCGGCCACUGCGCCAGGCGCGCUCGCAAGUGCAGCUGCUGGCCCUGGACGGCCACCUGUACGCCGUGGGCGGCGAGUGCCUGCUCAGCGUGGAGCGUUAUGACCCGCGAGCGGACCGCUGGACCGCGGUAGCCCCUCUGCCCCGGGGCGCCUUCGCAGUGGCCCACGAGGCUGCAACCUGCAACGGCGAGAUCUACGUGUCCGGGGGCUCGCUGUUCUACCGCCUGCUCAAGUACGACCCCCGGCGCGAUGAAUGGCAGGAGUGCCCAUGCAGCAGCAGCCGAGAGCGCUCUGCUGACAUGGUGGCCCUGGACGGCUUCCUUUAUCGCUUUGACCUGUGCGGGAGCCGUGGUGACGCUCAGGCUGCGGUGGGUCCAGGUGGCGGGGUCAGCGUCUUCCGCUACCAUUGCCUGGCCAAGCAAUGGAGCCAGUGUGCUGUGCACCUGCGGCCCCCGGGCGCGCCAUCGGGCCUGCAGCCCUUCCGCUGCGUUGCCCUGGACGGUACCAUCUACUGUGUGAGUCGCGCGGGGACCUGGCGCUACGUGCCUUCUAAGGACACUGAGGCUGGCGGCGAAAUGGGACCAGGUGGCAGCUUUGAGCCCGAACCCCUAGGAUCCCCUCUGGAUGUCCGGGGCGUACUGUUUCCAUUUGUGCUCAACCUGCCUGAGAAACCGGACCGCGGGGAGCAGGGUGCCGCCUAGGACAGGAUCAG